GACGUGAACAUCGAAAGCCUAUCUUUUCAUUAGAGCAAUAUCAAAUACAACUUUGAUGCUAAAUUGUCUUAAAACGUAAAUUAAACCCAUAGUUUAGCUGAUAGGCACUGUCGGGUUUUAAGAUGGUUGUUGUUAAUAUGCCUGCCGUGUUAUCAGUGCCAGUUAGCGUCAUUUCAUAUUAACUUUUUCAUCUGCGCCACAGAGUCUGGCAAGGUUGUGGUACAACUGAGGAGUGAGACCUCUUUUAUUUAUCCUUCUCUAGCGUGUGAAAGACUAUGAGUAAAGACUCCAGAAUGAAGGCAACAGUAAACCAGAAGCUGACCGAGAUGGGGGAACGAGAGAGACUGAAGGAGUUACUGCGGGCUAAACUCACUGAGUGUGGAUGGAAGGACCAGAUGAAAGCUCACUGCAAAGAAGUAAUCAAAGAAAAAGGCCUGGAGCAUGUCACUGUGGAGGACCUGGUGGUAGAGAUCACUCCUAAAGGAAGAGCCUUGGUGCCGGACAGCGUCAAGAAAGAGCUUCUCCACAGAAUAAGAGCCUUCUUAGCUCAGCAUGCCACAUAAUUUUAGUUUUUUACCAUUUGCCUAUAUUAUCAUGCCGCAAAAUAUUUUUAAUUAAUUGAUUUUCUUGCAUCAGCGAAAUGCUUACACGCACUUCUGUGACGACAGUUAUCACAUACCGUAUGUGUUUAUGCACUCACCUUGCACGUUUAGUUUUCCUUUGUAUAAGAGAUAUGCUGUAUAAAUAAUGAAUGUUUGAUUUAUUGAACAACAAUCAUUUUUAAUAUAGUAAAACACAGUGUGAUAAUAACAAUAAAUCGAUAUGUAAAAAUAAUAAUAUAUUUCAUUCAAUCUUUUUACUGUCCUGACCUCAUUGUCUUAACUAAAGCAUUUGUAGCAGUUCUUUAUAAUGCGCAUGGUAUUGAAUGUUUGAGGUGGUAUUGCCAUGACGAUGCAACGCAUGAAGUAAAUGCUUAAAAAUAUUGUUAAUAGUACAUUAAAUGUUUAUAUGAUG